AUGCUGUGCGAGGAAUGUUUUCUGGAGGUCUGCGGAGGGGAAACUGAAGAAAACUGCGAGCAAAUUGAGAAGGAAAAUGGAGUAGUGACCUGGGACCCAAUCUUGGAUUCUCGAAUCAUCUGGGUUUGCCUGGAUUGUGGACGUUACUUCUGUGGGGGACUGGCGAGUGGCUUCCAACCGCAUGGCCAUGCCCAUGAACAUGCAGUACUCAAGGGCCAUCCAUGGGCUGCACGGUCUGAUGAUCCUGGUCUUGUCUGGUGUUUUCAAUGCAAUUCAUUGGUCCAAAUUCCGGAGGAGGGGAUAGAGGAGGCAGAAUUGAUGGUGGAAGAUGAAGACGCGGGUUGCGCAGGUGUAGUGGAACCCGAGAAUGAAACUGAUGAUGAACCCAAGGAUUUGAUCAUAGGUAGAAGGAAAGCUUAUGUUGUUAGAGGGCUCAAGAACCUCGGGAACACAUGCUUCUUUAAUUCAGUCAUGCAGAAUAUUCUUGCAAUGGAUGCGUUCCGUGAUCAUGUAUUGAGCUCGGAAUGGCUUUUUGGGCCUCUUGCUAUGGAGAUGAAGAAUCUUUUUCUUGAAACAACUGCUGCUGAGGAUUAUGCACUGAGCCCAGCUGCUCUUUUUGGGUGCAUAUGUGCCAAGGCACCACAAUUUCGCGGUUAUCAGCAACAAGACAGCCAUGAAUUGCUUCGUUACUUGCUUGAUGGCUUGUGCACAGAAGAAAAAAUUGCAGCCACUUUUGUAUCUUCUGGUGGGAAAGAUAAGACCGCAGCAAAUUCAGAGGUUACUUUUGUGGAAACUAUCUUUGGAGGGAAAUUGUCUAGUACCGUUUCUUGUGUGGAAUGUGGGCAUACUUCAACAGUUUAUGAGCCAUUCUUGGAUCUUUCACUACCACUGCCUGCAAAAAAGCUUCCGUCCAAAAAUGUUCCACUUGCUGUAUCUAAUCAGAGUAAGAGCGAAGGGAAUGGACAUGAGAGGCCUGGAGGAGAGAAUGCCACCGAAGGAUCUCCAGCGAUUAAAAGGCAAAAAGCUGAAAGUUUCAGCCCUGCAUCAGAAUGCAAUGAAUCCUGUAUUCCACCAUCAGAGCAACCUGUUUCUGUGGCAGUGGAAGAAGCACUCAUGAGGAUAAAAUAUGAUGGACUGGAAGGUGCCAAUUCUGCUUCUCAAGUGUGUGAUGUUUCCAUAGUUCAAUAUGUUGAGAGUGGACUAUUCUUCCAGGGUGAGAAUAAUUCAUCAUGCACUUCAGACUCACAAACUGAGAUAUGCUCCAAGGAGAAAGUAACAUCUUUAGGAUUUUAUGGUGAGAACUCUGGACGAGAUGAGAACAUUUCUUCGUGUAUUCAAGAUUCUGGUUUUAUAGUACUUCCUUAUAAGAAGCGGGAUUCAACUCAUACUAAGAUAAACAGAAUGACUCAAAAUCAAGAAAAUGUGGCUUUUGCCUCUGCAACAGUAAAGGAAUGUAGUGCACAAAGCACAUAUGCCUGUUCUGGACAAGUUGACUUGGGUGUCUUUUCUAGUGUAUUUGAUGAGCCUGAGAUCACUUCUGAUUGCAAGACAGGAACUGCCACAGGUGAAGAUGUAAACAUUAUUUUGUGCGCCAACAGUGAGUCCAAUCAGAAUGAGGUUGAUGAUGCUGGUGGUGUGUUGUCCGUUGAAAGUUGCCUGGCCUUGUUCACCAAAACCGAGCUUCUUUCUGAUGAACAUGCAUGGCAUUGCGAACAGUGUUCUGGUAAUUCUCUACUUCAUAAUCUAGGAUAUAAAAGAAGCAAAAGCCAAGCUGGUACAAGUCUGGAUCAGUCAGAACCAUUAAACUCUCAAGUGGAUGGAAGUGAAGUCAGAAGUAAAAUGGCUUCACUUAGCCCAGAGACGGACAAUGAAAAGAUGGCACUUACACCUCAAAACCUUGUUUUAAAUGUGGAGACAGUUGUUAGUGCAUGCACAACCUGGGAUAUUUCCCAGAAUGCACUUGACCGUCCUGGGAUAUUGGAUAAUAAAACUUGCAAAUAUGGACAAGCUGGGAUCGGAAAGAGCUCAGAGUCAUUAGACCCCAUAUUAGUUGACCAAACUCAAUGUGAUGUUUCACAGAAGGAUGAAAAUUUUGCAGAAUCAAAUUAUACAUCCCAGUAUUCAUCAUGCCCUGCAGCUCCAGAAACUUCUUUGCGAGAGAGCCAAGGAAAUCUACAGAGUGAUUCUUGUAGCAUGAAUGAUCAGAUCUAUGUUAGUUGUGGUCAGCCAGCUCAGCCACCUGCCUCUAGUUGCUGGCGAGAUCACCCAGAGACAAUGUUGCAAAGCUCCUGUGAUAUUGACAGCUUUAGUGAAAUUAAUCAAAUAGGGAAGAACGGUUUGCAGCUGCUGGGUAAGGUUAAUGCUACAGAGGAUGCCAGGGGUCAUGAGUUGGAGCCCAAAAGCAGCAAGGUUAAGAGGGAUGCAACUAUAAGGGUUCUUAUUAGUGAAGCCCCACCCAUUCUAACAAUUCAUUUGAAGAGGUUCAAUCAAGAUGCUAAUGGUCACUUGAAUAAACUUAGAGGACAUGUUAGCUUCCAAGAGAUACUUGACAUAAGACCCUACAUGGACCUCAGACAUGCGGAGAAGCAGCGCUGCUAUCGGCUUAUUGGCGUGGUGGAGCAUUUAGGGACCAUGUUAGGAGGCCAUUAUGUUGCAUAUGUGAGAGGUGAGACAAGGCAAGGCAAGACCAAGAAUUGUGGUAGUCCUGCAUGGUUUGUUGCCAGUGAUGAUCAGGUGCGUGAGGUUUCUCUGUCUGAAGUCCUACAGUCCGAGGCCUACAUUCUGUUUUAUGAAAUAGUAUAAUGCGACAUUGAGUUCUUUGGUUCUGUCCCUGACAACAUACAUACAGAAAAGAGGAAAAUGAGGAAUACCCAGAAAGUUUAUAGUUACAAUUUUGUAUGCUUUAUGUAAAUCAGUCCCUAUAGAGUUCAUGGAAAUGUUUCCAGUGAAGUGGGGUUUUGUUUUGUUUUGUUUUUGUUUUUGCUCUGUUAAGCAGUGAACUGGUUCAUUGAAGUGACUGUA